AUGGCGAACCCUACGCCGCUACGACAAUCAAUUCUAUUAGCGUGGCUUGUACUGAAUGGUCGUGCUGCAGUCCUUCGCAAUGCCAAGACCAAGGAGCACCUCCUCCGAGCCGAAUUCUUGCAAGCCAUGCAACAAGCGGAUGUGGAACGACACUUGGAAAGAGCGCGCUCAUCGUUAAACGAUGAGCUCCUGACGGCUGCUACCAAGGUACAAAGUUCUCGUGAUUUGGCCAACAACUACGAGGACGGAAGCAACAGUAUGUCGAGUUCCAAUCAGGAAAGUAGUUUGGACCUCACGAAGCUCGCUCUCAAAUAUGUGGGCUGCCAGAACAUUCACACCUUCAGCGAUUCGCAAGCAUCCAACAGUUCUGCAAAAAGCCCAUUUCUUUUAAAUCGUUUCGUUAUUCUUCGUCUCUGUACGAGCACCUCCUGCAGCAGUUUCAACAAAUUGGGCUGCAACUCCAACUACGGAGAGUAUACAUUACCGAUGGACGACUAUCUUCAAAUUAUGGCCACGUAUCACUUUCGACAGUUCGAUCAAUACUGCGAGAUCUGCACUGAAUGCAUGAGCUUUGACUCCUCAGGAAGUGGUAGCACUGACAGUAACAGUAGUCAGAAUGAGUACGACGAUGACACAUACGUGGACGAUCUGUACUCAACCGAUGACGCUGGCGCAGCGAAGGACGAUGAUAGUGUAUACGGAGACGACGACCGCGACGGAACGGACGAGAGUUACAACUACUACAGCAACGGUGCCCAAGAGGAUGACUGGGAGGGUUAUAAUCGCUACUGGGAUGGUGGGAAUCGCCAACUGGGCAAUGGAUACAACCAGUAUACCGGAGACUAUCACAACGGAUACUAUUCGUCGAACGGCAGCGGUGAAUACAGCAACUACAACAACUACCCCUGGUAUAUCAACUCCAGCGGAAAGUGCAGUUUUAAAAGUGUUUGCUCUAGCUACGCCAACGUCUGCAAGUCGUACUCGGCGUACUCCGUAUCCCACGAAAAAUAUUUUCAGUGCACAGCAUUUCAAGUCGCCAGCGGGACCGUUCAUCUUGGUCCACACUGUGAACAAGACGGACACGCCAUCGGUAUGGGUAUCUAUAGCGAUGGAGAAUGCAGCAAUUACAUAGGCGACAUUGCCCACCUUAACAAGUACACUGGAACAACAUUCGACAAUAUCGACAUGAGUGCCUACUAUGAUAACACCUGCAUAUCUUGUUCAGCAUCUGAAGGCUACGGCCUCGUGACGGAUGAUGCUAUCGCAACAAACGAGUUUACCUACCCGCUGUGCAAUGUCCUCUAUGAAUAUAGCGCGAAGUGCAACCGGCACAUUUCCUCACAAUCAACGUACGGGAGCAAAGAGGCCAGCCAGGAAAGCGAUGAAGAUGCUGUUUGCACGUUUAUCACUAGUUUAGUUGAGAACAAUUACAAUGAACAUGGGGAAGCGAUCGUUGGAUCUGGUUUCCAGUUGUCGCACUGGAAUCGACCUCAGGAGUAUUCGAAGAUUAUUCAAAGAGCGUCUAGCCUCCAAGUCUUCGGGCUGUUUCUUUCAAUUGGAGCAGUAUUGGGGUUAGCCACUUAUUGUUUUUAUCUAACAAAGAAGCUAAAGUAUCGGAAACCAUGGCAGCCCCCAACGCGAGUCGCUGCAUCUUACAACGGUGGGAGAAUGUGGAUUGAUGCCCGGUCCGAGGCUGGUCGCAUAUCGCGAAUCAAUUCUGGCGUUGUCAUGAUGCGAUCGAGAUCUAAGUCGCCGCCUCGUGAGAGCGGUGCAUUGGUCUGUAAGGGAAGCAGCACGAGCAAUUGA